AUGUACGUGAUUCGGUCAGCACUGCGAGCGUCCACGAAACGACCUCCAGCGCGCUUUAUUCGCGGCCGCCGCUACCCAUCAACACCACGGUUACGCACAUUCCAUACCGCACGCCCGCUCGCACAAGCCGCGAACCCCCCGCCCGCACCCAAUGGCACCCCCGCCGGCCAAGAUGACGCCAGUCCGGCGGACCGAGACAAGGCGGCACCUGCAGAGGAGCUAGAAGACGGCGCGGUAGCGCUGGAAGACCCCGAACUACUGGCACAAAAACUCCAACGUGCACGGGAAACAUCGCGCAGGUACUCGGCUGCCUUGCGACGCCAGCAGCGGGGCAAGAAGGUCUCGGGGCUCCCGCCUGUCCAUAUCCCAGACUGGUUCCUGAAGCGGAGGGUACUGCGGCUCCAGGACCUGCCUGGAGAUCUAGGCCCGCCCACUGUUCUUUCAGUCCAAGUUACCCAUGCGGAAUCGGGAGAGCAGGCGACAUGUGCACUUCCGGCUCAGCGCGAUUCAGACCCCGCCCAGAUCCUCUCGCGAUUGGUACGUGGCCUGUGGAGUAGGCGGCUGGACGACAAUGAAAGACACAAAGUCGAAAAGUAUCUCGAGGAGAGACUGGCAUUGAAAGAGCAGGCAGAGACUAAGGCGUCACAGCCGAGCAACAACGAGGCGGUGGCAAGCGCAGAAGACGAACGCCCGGACAAUGUGCCUGUCGCGACAACGGCGCAAGACAGUGUUUUCAAUGAGGCUUGGGCGAAUCUGAGCAAGCUGCAAAACGACCCCGACAUGGACCCCCGCAAGAAAAUUGAGGCCAUGAGAAAACAGAGUGCGAAACUUGGACAGGUGACCAAGAGACGAGAGGCUGCAAGGACCAGACAGAUGGGCACUUCGCGACACCUAUCCUCGCUGGUAGUUGCCGAAAUACGCGCCACGAUUGCUGCAUCUCUGUCGGUGCUGCAGCCCGUCGCCAGCGACUCGUUUCCUGCUGCCAAAACAAACCUCAUCCUCCACUCGCCCGCGCCCGAGCAGGAGACAUCAAUCGACGCAUGUGUCACAUCUUGUGCAUUCGACUUGGGCGCUGACGUCAUUGUAUUGCAUGCGCAGGAUCUCGCUCAGCUCGCUGGAGACUACCUAGGCGAAGGGGCAGAGCCUUCACCACGUUCAAUCAGAUCACUGGGCUAUGAUACGUACUGCUUGAAUGCAGACCUGAAUGAAUUCAUGGUGGACAUGCAGGAAACCGGUGGCGAAGAUGAAGCAGACUGGUCGCAGUCCUCGUCGGUGGAACAGUCUGAUCCAAAUUCGAUGCGCUCUCGUACCGUCCCGCUCUCCAUCAUUGCCCUCACGCCUGCUCUGCGGGCUAUGACCCAAGAUCUCAAAGGCUUACAACUGGGUUCCGCAACUGCGUUUGGGUCCUCUACCAAUGUCUCUACCGACGACUCUGGAAGGAAUCAAAGUCAUGGCGAGAUGCAACUCGAGGAUAUGAAGCUAGCCACUCUCCUGGAAACUUUGGUUGACUCAAACGACCUGAAGCAAAGCCGUGGCAUCAUCGGUGCUCAAACCUUGGUGAAAUUUGACACAUCUGACCAACAACACCAUUCGUCCAAGGGCCCGGCCUUCUUUGACUACUCAUUAGGGCAGGAAAGUGCUGAGCUUGAUUUGAACUCGACAUUACCAGUAGCUGCCAGGCCAGACAUCAACAUGGUAGUCAAGAUUGGCCAAGCCGAGGAUACACGCAACGUUACUCGGAAGCCUAAGAUCAUAUAUGUCAAGGACUUUAAGCAGCUCAACGCUACGCACUAUGGCGGUCGCAUUAUCCAGAAGCUUGAGGAAAUUGUUCGCAAGCGGCGCAUUGCUGGCGAGAGCAUCAUGAUUGUGGGAAGUACAUGUUCACGCGACCUCACGCCUGAACUCAAUCCCGGUGGCGUCCGUGGGCUUCAAAGCGAAGGCGAAAGUAGCUUCUUCAGGACCAUUGUGGUAGCAGCAGAGUCCGGCAGCAGCAGCACGCCAAACCUUGACGAGGCCAUCGCAUCUUUGGGCAGUAGUACGGCGUCAUCUGCUGAUAUUUCACACUUGGAAAAGAGCAAACUCCGAUACAUUAACCUGCACCAUAUUCGAGACAUGCUUCGCUCCUUGGAUCCGUCUGUGGCCGCAACCAUUUUCGACAUGGACCAAACUCGAUCACGCUUCCGUGAAUGGGCACCGAUAUUCUCUCAGUCGCACUUUAGUCGCGUGCUGACGUAUAACGAAGUGCACAGAGUGGCGCUGACAGCUCUGGGCCUGUUCCUGAUGAGUCCGGCGCACAAGACGGCUGCCUCUGGGACCGCUCCAGUGCAACUAAGCUGGGCACAUGUAGCUCUGGCGAUGGGUUUGCUAAAAUCCAGUGAUACUGCCAAGUAUGCAUACUUUGAGAAGCUUGCCGAGAUGUCGAAACGAUCCAAGAAUGCGCUCAGCAACAUGGAAGCCAAGGUGGAGCAAGAUGCUGGACAGAAGCACACAGAUGAGAAGGCAAUGCAACGUCAACGGAACCUACAGAAAAUAGCAGCUACCGCCAACAAGCACGAAAAACGGCUGAUGCCCGGUAUCGCAGACCCAGAGCAAAUCAAGACGACAUUUGACCAGGUUCACGUGCCAACUGAAACUGUCGACUCGAUACGCACAAUCACGUCACUGUCGCUGCUGCGGCCUGAGGCAUUCAGCUACGGUAUCCUGGCGACUGAGAAGAUCUCGGGUGCGCUGCUCUACGGGCCUCCGGGCACUGGCAAGACGCUUCUUGCCAAAGCCGUGGCCAAGGAGAGUGGUAGCUCGGUGCUUGAAGUGUCUGGAAGUCAGAUCAUGGACAAGUAUGUUGGCGAGGGUGAGAAGAAUGUUGCGGCCAUCUUCUCUCUGGCGCGCAAACUGUCGCCUUGCAUCGUUUUUCUCGACGAAGCAGACGCCGUUUUCGCGUCAAGAGACGCAAUGCGCGAGCGCGCGUCACACCGCGAUGUUCUCAACCAGUUUCUGAAAGAAUGGGACGGCCUGAACGACUUGUCAGUGUUUGUCAUGGUGGCUACAAAUCGGCCGUUUGACCUGGAUGAUGCUGUUAUCCGCCGCCUACCUCGACGCUUACUCGUCGACCUCCCUACACAAGCCGACCGGAAGGAGAUUCUACGGAUACAUCUCAGAGGCGAGCAAUUGCACGAGUCUGUUGAUCUAGAAGACAUUGCAAAGCGCACUCCGUUCUACAGCGGAAGCGACCUGAAGAACAUUGCCGUGUCAGCCGCACUCGCCUGUGUCAAGGAAGAGAACGAACAAGCCGCCAUAGCCGCCUUGAAGGCUUCCGACGACGCACAAUCAGCAACUCGACAAGCCGAGUCGGACGCAUCAGCCGACGCAUCCGAGUCCCACCAAGAAGCCUCAUCGCAGCAGCCUCCAAAAGCCGCGCAUCUCGUGCGCGGCCAAUCCUACUCGUUCCCUGAAAAGCGCAUCCUGCACCCGCGCCACUUUGACAAGGCGCUCCAGGAAAUCAGCGCCAGCAUCAGCGAAAAUAUGAGCAGCCUCAACGCCAUCAAGAAAUUCGACGAGCAGUACGGCGACCGCAAGGGAAACAAGCGCAGAAAGGACUUUGGCUUCGGCAUGGCUACCGAGCGAAAUGAGAGCGCUGCGCGAGUAAGAGUGUAAGACUAGUCUAGUUGGUUGUGUGCGUGUAAUUGAAGAGCUACGGGGUUGGGGGUGGGGUUCCAUACAUAGACCCAAGAAAAAAAAAGACAAACGAGGGGCUUUGAAACAUAUGGCUUGUACAGUAUCA